UUUCGACAUAGUAUAGUAAGGCGUUUUUUUUGCGCCAAAAUUCAUGAUGAUUUUUUUUUCAAAGAAAACCUUUCUGGGGUGUUUUUCACGCCCUCCUUUACAUUAUUUCAUCAUAUGGCACGUUUUUACAACAUGUUUGAAAAAUCAGAUUUUUUUUCGACAUAGUAUAGUAAGGCAUUUUUUUGGCGCCAAAAUUCAUGAUGAUUUUUUUUUUGCCAGAAUAAGGAAAGAGAGUAAUGCGAUCCUUCUAAAAAAAUCGACCGCUGCGGGCUUAUUGGGACUUAUCCAUUGGAAACCAUCCAAAGAACAGUUUAUUAAAUUGUGAGGGUGUCCCAUCAGUCUCAUCAAUUCCUGCCGUCCUCUACGUUUACAUUUACGUAACGCGAUUCGGUAUCCGUACAUAACGGACACAUGCACAACACACACCUGUACUCAGCCCAAGGUAAAUUUUUAUUAAAAAUUUCAUCUGUCGGAAAUGAUACGACUGAGCAGCCUUGGCAAAGUACUGCGCCCUCUGACUGCGCUUCUUGUUUAACAAUGGCAUUUAAAUCACUGCCUCUGUUUGUGUCUUUGUCUGUUGUUACAGAAACAUGAAAACAGCAAUGGAGUGAGACAUCAGAAAUCUGCAGAGGAAAACAACGGUUCCCCAACAGCAACAAACAGAGAUGAAUCACUCAGUUGCAAGCAAUGCAGCAAGACUUUUAUCACAGCAACAAAGCUAAGAAUUCACCAGCGUAUUCACAUUGUGGACAAACCGUUCAGUCGUGAUCAGUGUGGGAAGAGUUUUACUCAGAAGGGUAAUUUAAGAAGACAUCAACUCAUUCACAGUGGAGUUAGACCAUUCAGCUGUGAUCAGUGUGGGAAGACUUUUACUUCCAAGAGGACAUUAACAAUCCAUCAACUCAUUCACAGCGGAGUUAGACCAUUCAGCUGUGAUCAGUGUGGGAAGGCUUUUACUCAGAUGAUCAGCCUAAGAACCCAUCAACUCAUUCACAGUGGAGUUAGACCAUUCAGCUGUGAUCAGUGUGGGAAGACAUUUACUUCCAUGGUUAGUUUAGCAAGCCAUCAACUCAUUCACAGUGGAGUUAGACCAUUCAGCUGUGGUCAGUGUGGGAAGACAUUUACUUCCAUGGUUAGUGUAACAAGACAUCAACACAUUCACAGUGGAGUUAGACCAUUCAGCUGUGGUCAGUGUGGGAAGACAUUUACUUCCAAGGGUCAUUUAGCAAGCCAUCAGCUCAUUCACAGUGGAGUUAGACCAUUCAGCUGUGAUCAGUGUGGGAAGACUUUUACUUCCAAGGGUCAUUUAGCAAGCCAUCAGCUCAUUCACAGUGGAGUUAGACCAUUCAGCUGUGAUCAGUGUGGGAAGACUUUUACUUCCAAGGGUCAUUUAGCAAGCCAUCAGCUCAUUCACAGUGGAGUUAGACCAUUCAGCUGUGAUCAGUGUGGGAAGACUUUUACUCACAAGAAGACAUUAACAAGCCAUCAACUCAUUCACAGUGGAGUUAGACCAUUCAGCUGUGAUCAGUGUGGGAAGACUUUUAUUCACAAGAGCAGAUUAACAAAACAUCAACUCAUUCACAGUGGAGUUAGACCAUUCAGCUGUGAUCAGUGUGGGAAGACAUUUACUUCCAAGGGUAGUUUAGCAGGCCAUCAACUCAUUCACAGUGGAGUUAGACCGUUCAGCUGUGAUCAGUGUGGGAAGACUUUUACUCACAAGAAGACAUUAACAAACCAUCAACUCAUUCACAGUGGAGUUAGACCAUUCAGCUGUGAUCAGUGUGGGAAGACUUUUACGCACAAGAUGACAUUAACAAGCCAUCAACUCAUUCACAGUGGAGUUAGACCAUUCAGCUGUGAUGAGUGUGGGAAGACUUUUACUCACAAGAAGACAUUAACAAGCCAUCAACUCAUUCACAGUGGAGUUAGACCAUUCAGCUGUGAUCAGUGUGGGAAGACAUUUACUACCAAGAGUAAUUUAACAGUGCUCCAAGUCGUCCACAGUGGAGGUGAACCAUUCAACUGUGAUCAGUGUGUGAAAACCGUUACUCGACAUGAACAGUUACUGAUCCAUCAAUGCCCCCAUUCUGAUAGACACCACUGUGACUACUGUGAAAAAACUUUCAAGCGCCGAGAGAGCCUAAAGUUUCACCAACGCAUCCACACUGGACAUGAUGUGUGCGUAUGUGAUAUCUGUGGCAAACUAUUUGGAAGGUUCUCAGAGUUAAAAGCUCAUGCAGUUACCCACACCAGGGUUAAACCAUACCGCCGUGACCAGUAUGGGAAAGGCUUCAACAACACUGGAGUCGCUCACCAACGUGGCCAUGCUGGGGACAGACCCUACAGAUGUGACGAGUGUAAUAAGACUUUUAGAACUUUCUGUUCCCUGAAACAACACCAGCAGAUCCACACCAGAAAGGAAGCAUUCAAACAAUGUCACAGUAAGCAGAGCGGCACAGAUGUGCAGACUGGACACAAACUGAACGCCUGCCAAGAAGAUUUCCCCAUGCCGGGUUCAGUACAAGUUCCUGAAGUUGUCCACAAACUUAAAGUCCUUGAGAUCAGGCUCCACAGAAUUCAGGUGUAAUCUCUUGUUUAGUGUCUUCGUUAAUGUUGCACUCGAUUGAUCAUGUUUUAAUCAUCCCUCUAUUUCUAUUUUCUGAUGAGCUUUCCUUAAUUUCUACUACAAAGUAAAAAUAAAGGAUCAGCAAGUACAGUGCCUGUAAAGAGUAUUCACCCCACUGCGAAGUUUUUCCCCUGUUAUUGCUUUUAAUCCAGUAAAGAAUGAGUGACCAAGGAUGAAAGAAGUGAGAGAGGUCACCAAGACACCUAAUACUCCUCUGAAGGAGUUCCAAGCUUCAGCAGCUGAGAUGGGAGAGACUGUUCAUACAACAACUGUUGUCUGUUUUUCACCAGUCAAAGCUUUAUGGCAGACAAAGAGAAAGGCUCUGUCGAGAAAAGUUCUUAUUAUGUCUGGACUAGAGUUCAGCAGAAGACGUGGAGACUGAAGUCAACUGAAGAAGGUUCUUUGAUUUGACUUUCUCUUUAUACUUUGGUGCACUGCUGUAGGGAGCAGGCUGAAAAUCCUGGUUUGAGCUUCAACACCAUGAACUUACUUUGUUUUUUCACAAAUGAAAUUGUAGCUUAUGCAUUAAGUGUUUUCGAUUGUUUUCAAUGCUCAUUCAUUAAAUUUUACUUUGGUUACUUCAUUUAAACCCACAUCCACUGGUUCUUUAGCGUAAAGUUUUAGUACAGUAUAUCAAAUGGUCUAGCAAACAACCAACUGAACAACAGACCAAUCAACCAAACAAACAAAUCAAGCAAACAACCAACCAAAACAAGCCAACAGACCAACCAACCAAGAGACCAAGCAAACAACAGACCAAUCAACCAACUGACCAACCAACCAACAAAAAAGACACCAAAAAAACAAGCAAACAACAGAUCAAGCAACCAACAAAACAAACAACAGGGCAAACAAACAACCAGUAAUUCGUUAAAUUAAUACAAAUUCGUGAUAAUCAACUCUGAACCCUUCAGAUUCAUCUUGGAUGAAAUGUAGUAAAAUAGUGAAAAGUCGCUCUCUCAACCACCUGCAAUGACAAAACUUACAUAAACAGUAAUAUGCCACACACUGGGGCUGUUUUGUAUUUAUUUUUUUGAUCCUAGAAUAAUAUUUUGCUUAUAACCUCUGUACUUUUACUUCAGUGUAAUUUACGUUUUUACUGCUACUUUUACUUCAAUAAAAGGAUCAGACUACUUCUUCCA